AGCUCCACAAUUUUGGCGAUGGCGGGGGCGAGCUUCUCGCCUUCUCGGCGCGCGUGCUACAUUUGAUCCACUAGCGAUGGGAGAGAAUGAAUCGCUGUUCCAAGGCACGUCGCGAUGGCGGCGAAUGUCGAUGGAUACGCUCCACGCAGCGGAUGAUGUCAGGCGCGAUGGACGAGCUAAGAGUGCGCCUUACGUAUCUGGGAAAUAUAAUCGCGCUGGCUCACUUACCACCGAAGGAAUUCCUUUGUCUACUCCAGCACCACUCUACAAGUAUCUCAACCGGGGACCUAGUGCUAGUCCAACACUUACGAAGAACUGGCCGGAGCUAAAGAACAGACCACGUAAACCACUUCGAAAUAGGCCAAAUGAUUGCCUAUACAUUGAUGACAUCAAAGGCUGCCGUCCUGAUCCAAAGAACAUGAAGCUAGGAAACAAAGCGAGAGGCACAAGCCCGCUGGUCCCGGAAUACAAGUUACCAAGUUUUGUAGAGCCUUCUCCUUAUGAGCCGAAGUUCUUGAAAGACAGCAUGAACGUAAACGACAUUGAUGGGAGCCGACCAUCAUCACGAAUUUCAUCCAGGGUAACCUUUUUCCUUUGCCAAUGUAGGGUCUUUCUGAUGGUCCAGGAGAGGGAUCACAUGACUGUGACGGACAUAGAGGGCAGCACCGCUGGCUGGAAGCCUACUCACAGGCGUAACUUUGGGAAAUAUACAAGGGAUUUAUGCUUGCAAGUUCAUGAUAUCAGUCCACCAAAAUGUAGAUACGUACGUGACCCCUGCUCUGAAGUGUACGAGCCGGUCGAAGGAGCACAUCCACAACCGCGUUCACGGCCGAGAAGUCCAUGGUCACCUGUUGAUUCGAGCCUUCGUACCGCUGACAUCGAGGGUACUGAAGCAGAUAGUAUGCUUUUAAAGUCUAAGGUGAAAAUGCGGAAGAAGAAGAGCGCCAGUCGGAAUAUGGUGACCACUCAACAAGAAAAGGCAGAGCUGGUUGCCGUAAAACUGCUCAAGACGAGAGUGUUGGAUCAAAUGAAAGGGAAAAGCUGCAAAGAAGUCGUGCGCGCUUUCAAGAAUAAAGAUCGGCAAGCAUCUGGCAAACUUACUAUUGAUGAGGUGGAAAACGUGUUUAGAGCCUUGGACGUCGGUCUAAAUUCUGCAGAACUAAGAGUGUUCUCGACAGCCUUUGACAGUUCAAUAGAUGGAUAUCUCAACUACUGGCAGCUCAUCAAACACUUGGUCCCUGUCGUUCCGUCGAAGAUCAAAACGCCGGGUGCUACCAGGGUGGUGCCUAUGGCACUCCAAGGAUGGUCGCAGACAGUAGAGCCGCAGCCUUGCUUCUUCCAAAAGUCCAGAGACGAGACUUACGCAACGGAGAAAGCACACGAGAUCUCAAGCCAAACAGAACGACUUCGAGAGGCACCAAAAGCGGUUGACAAGAGUACUGUAGAGGCUGAGACGGAAAAAGAAGAAGAUAAGCGCGACGCGGCGCUUCCUUGGCGCCGCCUUCACAGCAUGGACCUCAGCAGGCAAAGGAGACAAAGCGUACAGUUGCGAGGAAGACAAAGGAGCUCGCCACUGCCGAUAGGCGGCGCGUUUUGGCCGGAGGUGAAGCUGACAGGGUCGCCAGUGCCUCCCAAGUCGUACCUGUCGCUAUUCCACGACCACCACGAGCCUCACAACAUGUCUGGCUACUACCGGGUCUUGGACGACUCCGAGAAGAGGUGGUCGACGAGAGUCGGCGAAAACUUAUACACGGGCGAGGCCAACGUCGUUUGCAGCACUUCUUACUCGGAAGGCACGCAGUGGACGAGGCCUCCAAGCUCGCAGAGACGCUCCAGCAGCCGGUGUAGCACGCCUCUGGUGGACACGACUCGCCCGUCCACGGCCAUGUCCGGGAGAACUUCCAGGCCAUCGACCGCUCUAUCAGCGACGAGACCCUCCACCGCCAUGUCCGUCUACUUCGACGACGACGAUAACGUUUCCAGCCGAGCAGCGCACUACACGGACGAGAACUCGGGAUAUCAUCAAUCCAGGGGUGGCGACGUCGCCAGGAAACUUAAGCGUCCACAGUCGGCAUCGACGGUUCUUCUUCGUGGUGGCACGCCGGAGUGCUUGAGGACGAUAAGCAACAUGAACAGCGUGGGUUUAAGGCCGUAUACAAGCCACAGCGCCGUGAGAAGCCGGUCACCUUUUAACAGAUUGACGAUGCCACAGGGAGUCCAGAGGCAGCUGUCGCAGAUGAUGGACGACAUUGCGGCAGUGAAAGCUCUGGUUUGAGAAAAGGAGCUAGCGAAGUGCGCACAAAGGUACCUCCUUUUUCUUUUCUUUUUUUGAGAUGACUGCUUGCGAAGUUGUGGAUGAGCAGAGUUUCUAUAAGGUACACCAAUCUCGCGAAUCUAGACUAGAUCGAGAAGAGGAACCUUGGACUAAUGUGGUUAUUGAACUCUCGCUUGUGAUAUCAUAGAGCCACAUUAAUGUAUAUGUGCAAUUGUGCCAAUUUUGAUCCAGAA